CUCUGUUGAAACCCCGCCCUCAUGUUUGACAACAAACUGGUAACAUGGCUUCUCACAUGGGAAUGAGGGAAGUUUGUCCCAACUACAGCCAAGAAUUCCCUGCAGUUUUACAGAGAGGGUUACAGGAACUGUGGGAAUCAGAGUGCCUCUGUGACAUCCAACUUACUGCAGAAAACUAUACGUUUUCGGCGCACAAGUCUGUCUUGGCCGCUGCAAGUUGGUAUUUCAGGAUAAUGUUUACAACAGACAUGAAGGAGAGGUACCAAAGCUCGGUGGAGUUAAAGGGGAUUUCUGCCGUAGGUCUAAAAAGUGCCUUGGAUUUCAUUUACACCUCUCAAAUGUGUGCAGAUUUUGAAAGCCUCGAAGACGUGCUGCUCACGUCAACUCAUCUACAGAUUCCGUACCUGACCGAAUGCUGUGUAGACUUUCUGAAGAAAUCGCUGAAUGUGAAUAAUUUCCGUGACAUCCUGUCCCUGGCUGAGAAAUACGAUUUGGUUUCUAUGAAAACUGAAUGUUUCUCGUUUAUUUCUACGAACCUGGACGUUGUCCUGCAGAUAAGUGAGCAGUGUUUAUUACAGUUGGAUGCUGAUUCUAUCUUUGCUGUUUUGGAAAGAGACGACGUUAGUCCAAGUGUCAAUGAAAGAGAAAUUCUAGAGUUAGCAGUUAAGUGGUUAAAAUACGAUUUGGACAGGAGGCUACCUCACCUGGAAUGCCUUAUUAAACACAUCCGAUUGGGUUUGAUCUUUCCUCCAAAAUUUGAAUUUGAGAAUGAAAACCUGAAAGACAGUGUCAGUCUUCUGAAGUCUGUGCCACAAGCCGAAGAAUACCUUCAAAUGUUGUCCGAGGCUGGUCUUCAGUUUAAAGCCGACAAUCCUUUUACAAAGUGGUUUAAGAUACGGUCGACACAGAAAGGAGUGCUGACAACCUGUGGAAAAACCACUGGAGGCCAGGCUUGCAGAGAAAUAACGAUUUUGACAAGCGGUAUGGACUGUAAACCUUCCUGGAAAACCGUCGCAAAUGCUGAGGAGACCUACAAUCACUGCACUGUGGUGUUAAACGACUACCUGUAUGUCAUAGGGGGGCAGAAUUCGUGGUUCAGCAGCAACCAUAAAGAGGAGGCUAUAGCUUCAGUGCUGCGAUAUGACCCUCGCUUUGACAGGUGGACACGUCUAGCAGAUAUGAAUGUUUGCCGACGUCGUUUCCAAUGCAGUGCCAUGGGGAGUCAAAUUUACGCCGUGGGGGGUAGAGGAGAGAGGGGCAUCCUCUUCUCAGCAGAGUGUUACAACCCUACUGAAGACAAGUGGCGAUAUAUUAAAGCUUUACCGUCUCCACUGUCCAGCCAUGCUGGGACGGUCCAUCAGAAUGAGCUGUAUGUUUGUGGAGGCUCUUCAGGGGAGGUAUUUUCAGGGUCUGUGUUCAGGUACACCCCGGAGCUGGACGAGUGGAUGACCCUGCCCCCACUCCGGCACCCCCGCGGCUUCCACAACAUGACCUCAGUUGGGGACAAGAUCUACGUUAUGGGUGGUGUACUGCUCACCAGUGCUGAUGGUCAGCGGCGAUCCUAUUCAGAUGUCAAAGUGACAGAGUGCUACUGCCCUCUCUCUGACCAGUGGACAGAACUGUCUCCUCUGCCUGUAGGACACAGCCAGCACGGAGCUGCAGCCCUGGGCAACAAGAUCUAUAUCAUGGGGGGGUUUUCUUGGGAAGAGGAAAGGUUCCUGAACACUGUUCAUGUGUACAGCUGUGAAACAGACACUUGGAGUACCGGUCCUGAACUGCCAAGACCACUUGUGGGACUUUCAAGUGGAACACUUACCCUCCCCCACUACCACAGUAAAUAAUGAUGGUAUGGCAUACUUUAAGAUACCUUUUUUCUUAAUGCCUGCACAAUUUCAUGUAAAAAGAGGGGAAAAGUAGCUACUAGCUGUGGAGAAACAGCAAAGAUUAUUCAGGCUGCAUUGUGCAAUUGAUCACAUAAGUAUCCAGAACAAAGAUGCAGGUUCUUUGUGUAAUAAUGUUCA